AUGGCCACUAAGUUCAGACAGCCUCAGUGGCUUAAGAGCAACGGGUUUGCGCCGCACGUUUAUCUCUUUCGCAAUAUUGAAUCAGGCCAAGUGAUGUACUCCCAGACACCCCACAUCACCAAAUACCAGAUCGAACAGCAGAGUUUUAGACCCAACUGGGAAAACAGAAAGCCCUCAAAAAGACGCGAUCUAUGGCGUCCGAUGGCCGUCGCACAGUUUGAUUCACACGAAAAGGCGGUCAGAGCCUACAAUGCGCUAGUUGAGCUCAAAUACAUGCGUCAAGUGACAAAACGGAAGGAGGCAGAGGCUCUGCGGAAGAGAAACCAGUUUCAACAGAUCUGGUACUUUGGCCAGUACCGUCCAACGUGGGCUCAGGAGUCCGUGAGCGACCUCACCACUGUGCUAGACGAACUUAGACUUUCCUCGAAAAUUUACUGGGACUCUCUGUGGCGUAAAGGAGACGACAAGUAUUGGAAAGGUUUGGAAGUGGAGCACGACGAGCUGGACAAGGUGAGCCCAAGAGAGAAGUUCGUGGCGCUGAACGAGGUGGAGCAGAAAUGGAAAGAAGAGCAGGAAGCUGCUGAGGCCGAACAACAACCACAACCUGCCGUGUAAAUAGAACGAGUAGCACGAUUUAAACCAUUUACUCACUAUAUUAUUACAAACCUGAUUAUUAGAUGUUUUUCACAUGUCAUUAGUCAUCUCUUAUUACUCUUGUUUCUCGUCUUUGCGCUUCAACUUGUUUUGCUCCUCCUGUUUUCUCUUUUCGUUCUUCUUUCUGCGUUCCUCCAAAAAUAUUUUGUACUUUUCCAACGUGAUUUUCUUUUGCUUGUCCGAGUACUCAUCCACGCCAUGAUAUGUAGUGUCAAACAGCUUGUCCCAGAUGGUGAAGAAGGGCUGCGAGAAAUUAUACUUCACACCGAAAUGCUGAUGGUGAAUAUCAUGAUAAAUCGAGUUAUUCGGGAACAGAAUCUGGAACGGAUCGAAUGGGAAUGCAUACCCGCAAUGAUCGUCGACAGUUUUCAACGUGGAAAAUGUGUAAAGGAAAAUCUGCUCUCGAGGAUUUAGUGCGGUCACCAAACUGGCAAUCCCAGUGCCUACCGUAUCAAGCAAGAAACCCUCGACGGGAUCGUUAAAAAGAGCACCGAAAGCAUAAGGAACGUAGAGUUUGUGGUGGCGAGAAUGGAAGCGUCUGUAUAGCCAUUUGUUAAGAUGCAUGGCGCGAUGAAGCAUGUAUUGCCAGCUAUCAAUGAUGAAAAAUGCUAUGGCAAUUUUGAGAAGUGAAAGGCCAUACCAAUAUAUCACGUAAAGCGCCCAUGUUGGAAUAAACUCCGGAACUGCAUGUCUCCAUCCCCAAAGAGUGUGGUUUUCGUAGCCGGUGGUCGGCUUAGGAUCAAAUUGGUAGAAAAUUAGGGCCGCGACGGUCUGGAUGAUAUGUUGCAAAAUGACGUCCCGAAUCACAAUGGAAAGAGAAACGGUAUUCUUCCUGAGCAUCUCUUCUGAUGGGUGAAUGCGGUACCUCUCGGCAAGCUCGUACACGUCGAUUAUAUGGUACAAGGUUGAGUACACCCAAUACGCCACGACUGGGGCGAUCACCGCUAGCAAGCCAUCUGGAAGCCCUUCUAUCAAGUUCGCCUUCGGUGUUUCAUUGAAUGGAGGCCUCAAGGGACCUUCGAUUAUCUUGAGAUCGUUACGAUCCACCAAAGAAAACAUUUGUCGAGAAAAUCUACCGAUUCU